AUGAUCGUCCCAGCCCUCCAAUCGACGGCUAUCAUAUACCCGUUUCUAUGGCUCAUCAUCUUUGGAGGCUUUCUGCCUCAAGAGGUCUGCGAUACCGCAGCAUUCACCGACUCGGUAUCCACCUCGCGAGCCUCCUCCUCAUCUAGCGAGUUUCCUGCAGAGAUUCUAUCCGCGCCAUCCCAGCUACAAGAAUGUCUCGACGACCUCGUCUUCCAACAGCAGUACGCGCUUUCCUCGGCCCGGCCUGAACUUCGGGAAAUAGCUCCCGUCAUCAAGGAGGUCAUCAUCCUGAUCGAGGCUUUCCAUCCCUCCUUCCUCGACUGGCAUCACAAACUCUACUUCUUCGUCGAAGACAUCCAAACCCGCCACAUCAUUUUCAGCGCCCAUCUCAACGCCUGUCUGGCGAUUCCCAAGCACCCGCCUCGCCCCUUGGGUGCGCGCGUGUUGAAUCCCUUGCCGGAAGCCUCCUCCAUCCUCCACGGAUACGGCUUCUUCCUCCCGUGGCAUGCCCACCCGCCGACGACCCUGCAGGUGCACCGGCAGCUCCAUAGGCAAUACGCCCGCUUCCGCAGCCCGUCCGCCCAAGACCUCAAGGCGCUGCAGUCCCAUCCGGGCCGAACCCAAUCCGACGCAUUCUCCCAGGCCCUCGCGCCCGCCCUGCAGAUCGCCCGAGCCCACACCACCGGCAAGGUGAAAACCCUGCAACUCCUCUAUCGCGACAUGGCGGCCAACCCGUCCCACGCCACGCGGACCCUCGACUCCCUCGGGCGGAGGUGGGGCGAUUCCGAUCCGCUCCGGCUCGCCCGCCAGCGCGGCACCCUCGACGCCCUCGACCGCGCAGCCGCUCACGCGGGCGCCUUCGUCCGGAAAGUCGGGCCCUUCCUCCCCCGCACGGAACGCGAGUUGCUGGAGCUCGAUGCGCGGUUUGGGCGCGUCGCCGCGGGGGAUCUGGUGCAGGGCCACGGGGCGGUCGCGGUGCAGCGGUUCGAGGCGCAGAUGGAGGCGGUGCUGGUUUUGCCGGCGAAGGCGGGGAUGAGUGAGGCGGGGUGGAGGAGGGUGAGGGAGGGGGCGGAGCGGGGGCUGGGAAUUUGGAGGGGAGGGGAGGGGGUCGGGGUGGAGGGGAUAGUGAGGUUGAUGAAAGAGGAAGCCGGACGGGCGAGGGAGGAGAGGGAGCUGUGA